CUUGAACCUUCACUCAUCCAUCUUGGGCAUUUAUUUGGCGAGGGCGAUCACUGCCCUUACUUCUGCAUACUUUCUGGACAUGGAACUUGGAUUUCCCACUCGAAGUUCCAGCAUCGUUGAUGGAGCUGCUCGCGCACGCUUCAGCACCCAGCUCUCGAAAGGAUGAUGAGAGGUUUAAGCGCCAGGCGAAGGCUUACUCGUCCUUCCAGUCUGCGAGCAUAGUUCGCCUUGAUCUGAGCCAGAAUCAUGCCGGUUCAUCAGUGCCAGCCGUUAUGAAUCUCUCGACCAUGUCAAGGGCCAACCAAGACGCUUCUGUAUAUCUGGAUGCCACCCAGGAUGCUUGGACCGCAUUAGAUUCACAACUUUACUCUGCUUCACAAGAGUCGGCUUAUCAAAGUCAUCUGGAGAGCGAUGAUGAGGGAAACCUAGACGAAACGAUACUGCCAUUUCCCGUCGACCCAUCCAUGCCGCCACGUCGAGUACGCACUGCCCUACCACCGGACGAAUCUGCAUUGCUCGCCAAAGAUUCCCCGAAAGCUGGAGAGCUGCAACCAUCGUCCGCUAUUCCCGGAUUUGAACCAGACGGACACGAAAGCCAUGUUCCCACACCCUCGAGAUCAUCGCAUAUCGACGAGCACCCAACGCCGAGCUACCUUGAUGGCCUUUCGACCUUCAACCCUGCUGAGACACCUGUGCCUCGAAUUGCGCUGCUGAGGGCCUCGAAAUCAUCCCUUCCGCAAGAAAACUUCUCAUCACCCAGCGAUGACAUUCCUUCUCAGCUGCCGAGUACUUACUCGAUAAGUGAUAUCAACUCUGAUACUGUGCAUAGCGAUCAGCACCAUGCACCCCCGAGUUCUGAAUGGGGUAGCCUGCCUCGAGGAAGUGCUCCCCAGCCCUGGAAUGGCAUCAUCGAGGACGAAUCACCUUUGAAGGGCAUCAGAUCAUUGGGUAAACGACGAGUUCAAACAUCUUCACCACUCAAACAAACCCAGUCUCUUGAAUCCCCUCGAGCAAACAUGUCUGCUCAUGUCCGACCUGCACGUUCCUCAGCUCCGUCUGGACAAGAUGAAAUCUCUUCAGCUUCCUUGGACCGUGCUGUCGUACCACGGACACGACAACAGACAGCUCCUGUGCGCCAGACAUUCUCUUCGUCGUUUGAGCUUCGCUUUUCUUCUGCUCCACAAGCUCAAGGGACGCCUUUUAUCAGUGGGUAUGAUCCUGCUCCGUCAAGCAAUGCCACGCAAGCAUAUUCUGCAGAUUCAGCUUCGCGGUCAUCAUUCGAAUUACGCUUCUCGUCUGCACCGCAAGGUGAGGGUUCCCACUUAGCUGGCGGCAGUGAUACAGCUGCUCCUCAAAUGCUCCGGCGGCAAUCUCUUCAACAGCUCCUACCAACCUCUUUCGAAUCUCAAUUCUCCUCAAGUCCCGAAGCACGAGGUACUCAAUCGACCUAUAGGAGCAACACCGAUGUCCCUGCCGUAUCGAGACAGCAUAGCCUUGGACAACUCUUGCCGACCUCUUUCGAAUCUCGUUUCUCGUCCAGUCCGGAAGCUCAGGGAACACCUGUUCCUAGCAGCGAAGACCAAGUAGCAAAUCGUGCCCAGCUCUCGUCUUCACCAAGAUCGAAAAUCAAUCUUUUCCAGCCGGGAACGAAGUUCUUCUCAAGAACCAAAGCUCCUUCGUCUUCGGCAGCGGAAACCCCUAUUCCAGAUGUUUCAAAAAGCAUGACCAACAACAAAACUCACACGAAGUCACAUCCGUGGCAUCCAACGCCUUCCGUUUCUAGACUCGGCUCCGCUGUCGUUCACCGAGCACUGUCCGAAAAUGCUGGUGACGUGUCGACUCCGCUCCGUAGUGUGCGUGCAGACAAACGCACGCUUCUAUCAGCCCGGAUACCAGAGACCGUGAUUGCAGCUAAGAAGCGCAAACUGGCGUCUUUGGCAACCCCGAAAGCGAAGCCCAACACUCAAGAGCGUGAUAUUAUCAAAACACUGUCGACUCAAAUCAAUCCCCCACCUCCUCCAACCGGGUCAGGCUCAUUUGCAACACAUAUUACACCACAAUUGCAAAGUCAGUUCGGCAAUCCCGAUCUUCAGAAGAUAUACAAGCCUCAUUAUCCUCCCAACCGAGAACUCAGGCGCAGCGAAAGAGGUUAUUGGCAAAUUGACACCCGAGGCUGGAACGCCGAGAUACAAAUCAAAUUCUGGAGCUUCUUGCAGACAACCAUCGGAAGCGGUGCAAGUGGAUGGGGCAUCUGGUGUCUACGAGAAAAUGGCGGAAAGGAUGAUACUGAGCAUCAAGGGGCAGACGACGAAUUGGAACUGGGUACAGUCAAGAUCUUUUGCUGGGGCGAGGUCGUGAGACAUGUUUGGUUACUAUGCUAUGUGGCUAGUAAUACCAAGGUGAAGUACGUGGAAUCCCAUUGGUUUGAUGCGGAUGGGAAGGUUGUGAUCAGGGUAUGAGCAUUUAUUGACACCGAUUGGAAAUAUGAAUGAUUUUGGAUAUCAGAGAUGGAGCCUUGCACCUUGUGGUGAGGCAAAAACUUUGUUUCCUCGCUUCAAGAAGAGCUUCUUUCAUCUCGGCAUGUUGAAUUAAAGGAGUGCUCUCUUCGCGAAAUUGGGCGUCGUCCCGCGACUUAGCCACUGGAAUGACCGAAGGCUCAGGUAUAUUAUUGUCAUUGUUAUGGUUCAGGAUGUCAACCGAUGUCAACUAAGUAGGUGGGGCCAGCCUCGCUCCUUCCACCACACAGUCACCUCGGGGCUUUGUGCAUGCAGCCGGUCAGCACUAGCCAUCUUUGAACCGCACGACAAACACAUGACCCAGGACUCGAACACAUUCAGAAUCGGUCGCGAAUUGACG